AUGUCAAAUUCAGAUAAACAAUUAGAAGAUCUUAAAAAUUACAUCAGUUUAGCGAGAGAAAGCGCAUAUUUCGGCAAGUAUUCUGAAGCAAUUAACACUUUUAAAAAGGGCUUAGAAGUUGCUGGCAUGUUCAAGGUAAAGGCUGUAGAAUAAUAUGCUUAGUAGGUAUGGGAAAAAUUUGUGCUAGACUUAUAAGCAGAAUUCGAUAUAAUCUCUUAAUUGCAAGCAGUUAACCACGGAUUUAAACCUCAACCACCUAAUGGAGCAAACAAAUAAGCUAAUAAUUAGAAUGGUUAAUAAGGAUAAUAAUAAAAUUAACUCGAUCAUGAUAAAAAAUAUCCUUUUGGUAUUAAACCUUUUUCUCACUUCGAAGAUAACAAAAUGAACAAUAACAAUAAUAACAAUAAUAAUAAUAAUAAUAAUAAUAAUCCUUUUAGAUAGCAAGAUAAGAAUUUCUUACACAAUUAACAAUACUAAAACAAUUUACCUGAUCAAAAUAUGCACAAUAACUAAAACUACAAUAACUUUUAAGCACCUCAUCAAUACAAUAUGAAUAGAUAAGGUGGACCUGGAAUGUAAGGAAAUUAUGGUUAAAACAAUUAUCAAAGUAAUAACCCUAGCAACUAUGGAUAUAAUGACUUUUAGGAUAAUCCCUCAUAAAAUUUUAAUAGCCCUAAUAUUGAAUACAAUUAAAGAUAAAAUAGAAACCCUGCCAAUAAUGAUUAAGGUAAUUAAGAUCCUGACGUUUGGCCAGCUCCUCCUCCUAAAGUCAACAAAGCCAAUAAAGCCCCUUAGAAGAAUAAAACCCCUAUUUACAAUUUAAAAGAACUUCAGUAAAAGCAAAAUGAUAAUAAUAAUAACAAUAAUGCUAAAAAAGAUGAUAAAGAAAAGGCUAAAAGAGAUUACAAUAAACCAUGGUAAAGAAAUGCUUAGACUCCUCAAGCAAAGAAAAAAGGUGAUGAAGGAGAGAAAAAAUAAAGCUUCUUAAAUUUUUGUUAUCCAAACGGAUAAGGUCCUGAUUCCGAUUUGAUAGCAAUGCUUGAAAGAGAUGUAGUAGAUUAAAAUCCUAAUAUCAGCUUUGACUAAAUCGCAGAGCUUGAUAAAGCUAAAGAUAUGCUUUAAGAGGCUGUUUUGCUUCCUAUUCUGAUCCCUUAAUAUUUUAGAGGUAUUCGUAGACCUCUUAAAGGAGUUCUUAUGUUUGGUCCUCCUGGUACUGGUAAAACCAUGUUAGCAAAAGCUGUAGCAACAACUGGUAAAACCACAUUCUUUAAUGUUUCUGCCAGUAGUUUGGCUUCAAAGUGGAGAGGUGAUUCAGAGAAACUAGUCAGAAUUCUUUUCGAGAUGGCAAGGUACUAUGCACCUAGUACUAUAUUUUUCGAUGAGAUAGAUGCUAUUGGUUCUAAAAGAGUAGAUGGAGAGUGCGAAGCAAAUAGAAAAAUGAAAGCUGAAAUGCUCAUUUAAAUUGAUGGUGUAAGCAGCUCUUCAACAGAUGAAAAAGAUAGAAAAUAAGUUAUGGUCUUGGCAGCCACUAAUAGACCUUGGGAUUUAGAUGAAGCUUUAAGAAGAAGACUCGAAAAAAGAAUUUUAAUUCCUUUACCUUCCACUGAAGGCAGAAAGCAAUUAUUUGAGUUGAAUAUGAGAGGUAUUAAAUGCUCGGAUGACAUAGACUGGGUUGAAUUAGUUGGUAAAACUGAUGGUUAUUCAGGUGCUGAUAUAGCAAGUCUUUGCAGAGAAGCAGCUUUUAUGCCUAUGAGAAGAAAAUUAAUGAAAGAAGGUGGUUUUAAAAAUAUUGAAAACAUAGAAAAUCUUGCCUAGGAAAGUGACAUACCGUUAACAUAAAAAGAUUUCGAAGAAGCUUUAAGAAAUGUAAAUAAAUCAGUAAGCAACGAUGAUCUAGAAAAUUUUGAAAAAUGGAUGGCAGAAUUUGGUUCUGUUUGA